AUGAAUCGUUGGCUUGGCAAGGUAGCUCUGGUCACUGGUGCCAAUUCUGGUAUUGGCGCCGCGGUCUCCAAAGACCUCGUCAAAGCCGGCAUGAAAGUUGUUGGCGUGGAUCUUCAAACAGAAUUUAUGGAGAAAAAUGCGGAAAUGCUUGAUAAAACCAAAGGCGGUGAACUUCAUCCACGUCAAUGCAACGUCACCAUGGAACCGCAAGUUCUGGAUACUUUUGCAUGGAUUAAAAAAUCUUUUGGAGGAGUUGAUGUUUUAGUUAAUAAUGCAGGAAUUAUCAGAAUGAAUAUGCUGACGAAUCCAAAAAAUACUGAUGAUUUACGUGCUGUACUAGAUGUAAAUGUUCUUGGUUUAUGCUAUUUUACCAGAGAAGCUUUUAAUUCCAUGAAAGAACGCGAUGUUAGUGGUCAUAUCAUACAUAUAAACAGAGUUGGCUGGUACAGCAGUGUGGGUACUAUUGAUAAAUUAUUAGCACAGCAAUGUUUGACUGGACAUCAUGUUGGCGUGAACCCUGAAAUUCCACCUACACUUUGCAUGUAUCCAGCAUCUAAAUUUUGUGUAACCGCCCUGACCGAAACUCUUAGACAAGAAAUGGUAUAUUUGAAAAAUAAAACUAAAAUAACGAGUAUUAGUCCUGGAGUCGUCGACACUGGAAUAUUAAAGACUUUUGUGUCUGAAGAGUAUCGGGCCCAAUUUUUGGAGCAAAACCCACAUUUAUCACCAGAAGAUGUGUCUGAGGCGAUUUUGUUCUGUUUGGGAACAUCAGAGCACGUACAGAUUCACGAACUGACAAUUCGACCAGUGGGUGAAAAAUUCUAA